ACGUUGUACGUCCAGUUUUCAGUUCUUAUUAGAUCUCGGUCGCAGUCUGAUCUUCGAAGCGGAAGUCGAAUCAAAGUAGCGUCUGUAUUAAUGUUGACAUUUGUAAAAUUAUUUCCAAAAUGAGUCGUAUACCACAACCUCGUAACAUUCUUUCGUUAUCCGGUGAAGAAAAACGCAAAUUUUUGGAUUCUUUCGAAUACGUAUUUUCCGAUAUUGAUGGAGUGGUUUGGAAUGUUGCAAAUAUCAUCGAAGGUAGCGGCGAAGGGUUUAAUGCCCUACGUGAGGCGGGUAAAAAACUAACAUUCAUCACCAACAACAGUGUCCGACCAGAGGAACAAUGUUUGGAGAAAUUAAAGAAAGUUAACAUCGAAAUUGAUGCGAAUGAUCUCAUUCAUCCAUCUAAAAGUAUUAUUGAGUACCUGAAAAGUAUUAAAUUUGAGGGUUUGAUAUAUGCCAUUGCAAGUGAAUCUAUUAAGAAUGCUCUGAGAAAGGAGGGUUUUCAAAUUAUUGAUGGGCCCCAUGCAAUAAUUGAAGAAUCUUUCCGAGACCUUAUGGGCGUCGUGGUUAGUCGUGAUCCCGUCAAAGCUGUUGUUAUCGAUUUUGAUUUUAAUCUCACCAUGACCACAAUGAUGAGAGCGCAUUUUUAUCUGCGACGUCCGGAUUGCAUGCUCAUUGCUGGUGCCAGUGAUUAUGCUUUGCCAGUAACAAAGGACUUGUCCGUCUUGGGGCCGGGAGGCUUUCUAAAAGUGUUAGAAGAUUCCAGUCGCAAAGAAAUGCUGCUGUUUGGAAAACCUGGUAAAGCAUUGGCCGAUUCAUUGCUUAAACGUUAUAGCAUUAGCGAUCCUAGUCGUGCCCUUAUGAUCGGUGAUAUGUUGGAUCAGGAUAUUCGCUUUGGCAAGCUGUGUGGCUUUCAAACGCUAUUGGUAUUAAGCGGUGGCGUCAAACUCGAUGAACUUUUGCAACAAACCGAUGAAAAUGUUAUACCAAAUUAUUAUGCCAAUAGUAUGCAUGAUUUUGUUGAAUUUAUUAAUGAUGUUAAGAAAUCACAUGCUUAGCUUUUAAGGAAUAAUUGUAAAUUUGAAUUUGUAGUAUAAUUUAUUUUAAUACAAAAAUUUAUUUAUUUGAAAACAAAUUUGAUUUUAUUUAUUUUUCAA